CACCACCGCCCCUUUUCCCUUCUCCGCAGCCCGCAGCCCCUUUUCACUUCUCCCCAGCGCCCACCGGCCGGCCAGCAACCCGCCACCGCCAACAUCACAGCCACCGGCCAGCGUCGGUUUCGCUCCUCCAUCGCCCACCGUCAUACCGCACAGCCACCGCCACACCGCACCUUCUAUUCGACGCCUCCGCUGCCGAGCCACAGCCACAGCCGCCUAGCUUCCCGCUGCACGGCCGCCCACAGACGAAGCGCUGCACCGCCACACUGCCUUCCGCCGCACCCCGCUCCUUUGGAAAUUCUGGCUCCGUCCCUGAUUGUUCUCUUCUUCCAGCUAAAUGGCUGUAGAUAUGUACUCGGAGCGGCCACUCUUUGGUGGCGCCAUCGCUUCUAUGUUCCCUGUCCGCUUCCAGGACGUCAGUAAUGUGCGCCAAGUUCCCGAUCAUCAGGAGGUGUUUGUGGACCCUGCGCGGGAUGAGAGUUUGAUUUUCGAGCUCCUCGAUUUGAAACAGGAUGUGGCGGAUAACGGAAGUGCCACCUGGUUUCUUCAGGACCUUGCGAAUGAGCAAGACGCCGAGGGCACCAUGGUAAUCGAGCAGUCAGGAGUGGUUGAGGCUCCUGGGCUGUCCUUCCGGACCUUGCCUGCCAUCAUUACUACUGCUGUUGGUCAAAUGGCUAUAUCUAAGGGAAGACAAGGGAGGGAGGCACAAAACUUGGUCAAGGUCUAUUUGGCAAAUGUGCGUCUCAAGGAAGUGACUGCCGAUAUUCUGAUCACUGCAUAUGAGCCUAUUGUGAUAAACUUGUUGAGCGAAAGUGCAAGCGCAGUCAGAGCUGGUGUAGCUGUUCCUGCUGCGCAAGCUGGAUGUAUGCCAAUGGCUGAGGUUUUUAAACUUGCUGUUUCCACCUUCAAAGUGAACGAUUGGAGACUUUUUGGUGCUGAUCGAGGUUGAAUGCUCCGAAGAUUCAUUUCCCGUGGUGAGGUCUUGCAUCUUUCAUAAAACCAAUGUUGUAGAGUUUUUUUUUUUUUUUUUUUUUUUUUUUUUUUUUUUUUUUUGCAAGGGCUCAAAUAUUGGGUCUAGUUCUAUCAAAUAUUAAGCUUUACAUUUUCAACAUUCUUUUUCUCCCUCAAGCUUUUUGAUCAAAUAUAUACUUCCAUUACCUGCA